AUUACCCAGGUGAUCCUGCUGGCUGCCCUGGUGGUGCUGACUGCUGCUCGCCCACAAGAAGAACAAUAUCCACCAGCGAAGUACACCGAGUACGCUGUGGAAGACCCUGAGAGUGGUAACUCCUACAGCCACAAGGAGUCCUGCGACGGAGAUAACGCUGAGGGGCAGUACGAAGUCCUUCUCCCGGACACCCGCAGACAGAUCGUCAAUGUAAUGAAUAUUAUGAUCUUCAAUGUCAGUGCAGAUUUAGGGUAUAAUGCUGAUGUUACCUAUGAAAAAGAGACAGUCAUCAGUCGCUAG